AUGGAAAACACCCGUUGAUUUGCCAACCGUUUCGCCGACUACAAAGGUGCGUUUCGCGUAGGUCAAGGCAUCGAAUCGGUGGUACCCACGGUCAAUGCCUUCAUAGAGAAGAUUCUAAACAAAGUGCCACUCGGAUCCACCGACUGCGAUGGUGGGCUAUACGACGGUCCCGCUGGGGUGGCAUACAUGCUGUACCAUGUCUCCGAAUGUGCUUUUUUUUCCGACCAUAGGGAUACUUAUCUCAAAACCUCAAAGCAGAUCAUUGACGUGUCUGUGGGGUACGUGGAUGGGGAGAAGGACACAAACAUGCAGGCCUCAUUUUUCCUCGGUGGCGGCAUCUAUACCGUCGCCGCGAUGGUGUACAAAGCCCUGGGCAUGGCGGACUUCGUCAAGCCGCUUACCAAAUUUUGGAACCUGUGGAAGAUAUGCUCAUCCAUCAAUUUCUUGGAGUGCGGCUCUGACGAGCUGUUCGUGGGGCGGGCGGGGUACCUGUGCGCUGACCUGGUGGUGAAACAGAAACUGGGGAUAGAGAGUCUUAGCAAGGAUCAGAUCCAGGCCAUUUGCCAGGCUAUCACAGAGUCUGGUAAACAGUAUGCCACGAGGAAGAGAAAACCCUAUCCUCUCAUGUACUCCUACUAUGGGACUGAGUAUUUGGGUAAGUCGGCCUACAUGUCUAGCCUACAUGAACACAGUACCCAGAACCACCGCCUCAACAGAACACAGUACCCAGAACCAGACCCACCACCCCAACAGAGCACAGCACCCAGACCCACCGCCCCAACAGAACACAGUACCGAGACCCACCGCCUCAACAGAACACAGUACCCAGACCCACCGCCUCAACAGAACACAGUACCCAGAACCACCGCCUCAACAGAACACAGCACCCAGACCCAGACCCACCACCUCAACAGAACACAGUACCCAGACCCACCACCUCAACAGAACACAGUACCCAGAACCACCGCCUCAACAGAACACAGUACCCAGACCCAGACCCACCGCCCCAACAGAACACAGUACCCAGACCCACCGCCUCAACAGAGCACAGCACCCAGACCCACCGCCCCAACAGAACACAGUACCCAGACCAACCGCCUCAACAGAGCACAGCACCCAGACCCAGACCCACCACCUCAACAGAACACAGUACCCAGACCCACCACCUCAACAGAACACAGUACCCAGACCCACCACCGCAACAGAACACAGUACCCAGAACCACCGCCUCAACAGAACACAGUACCCAGACCCAGACCCACCGCCCCAACAGAACACAGUACCCAGACCCACCGCCUCAACAGAGCACAGCACCCAGACCCACCGCCCCAACAGAACACAGUACCCAGACCCACCGCCUCAACAGAGCACAGCACCCAGACCCAGACCCACCACCUCAACAAACACAGUACCCAGACCCACAGCCUCAACAGAGCACAGCACCCAGACCCAGACCCACCUCCCCAACAGAACACAGUACCCAGACCCACAGCCUCAACAGAGCACAGCACCCAGACCCAGACCCACCACCUCAACAGAACAUACCCAGGUGUAGCCUACCUCUUUGACAAAGCCUACCUGAUCAAUAGGAAGCCCCAGUACCUGGACACAUGCAUUCGCAGUGGGGAACAGGUGUGGCUGAAGGGCCUGCUGAAGAAAGGUCCAGGGAUCUGCCAUGGAAUGACAGGCAGCGCCUAUGUCUUCAUGUUACUGUACUGCCUCACAGGGAACUCCAAAUACAUCUACCGUGGUCAGAGGUUUGCAGAGUUCCUGUUUACGGAAGAGUUCAAGGUGGGCUCCUGCUCAGUCACCAGUGUUUAUAGUCUGUUUGGAACCAUUUGCUUCUUGGUUGACCCCCUUCAGCCCGACCAAUCAGAGUUCCCAUUCUUCAGUGUGUUUGUGUGA